GACAGGAUGCUGUUCUUUGACCAUCCAUCGCCUCUUGAGCUUCAGUCAGAUCAAACUGAAUUCUCCGCCGAUCAGCGUUUUAAACCGCCUAUUCCUAAUCACCGCGCAGCUUUCACAAGACUGCACUGCUUCCAGAAACUAGAAUAACUCCAUUUGUCUAUAAAGGCGCAUCUGAAGACACACAUCAUAUUAUGGUCAUCGUCGAAGAGAAGUGCAUGCAGUCUAUUCCACCUCCUCCCUACGUCCCUAAUGCCAGCUCUCUACCCCCACCCCCCUUCCCGGGUGAACAUCGUGGAGCAGCGAAGCCAUCUGACCUACCUCCACACCUAUUGUUAAAGAUCGUGUAUAUGACAUUUCCACAAACACCUGGGAUUGACGAGGGAAAGAUCGAACGGCAGAGAAAGACACUUUGUUGGCUCUCCACACAACUCCGACUGGUUAAUCUCUCAUUUUACGUUGCGUGUGAGCAUGUACUGCGCUCCACAUAUCUACCGGCAUACAAUUCGAUGAUACGCUCUCCCUAUUCAUCCGAUCCAUUUCCAUUUUCUUCCUCAGCUUCUACUUCCUCUUGCGAUACCCUGCAACGGGAGACCAAAGUUCUUGACCUCUUCAUCGCACUCAAGGUCCACGAAGAUGUUAUGGUUGAUGACUCAUCACUUCACCUCGAGCGAGAGGACUCGUUCAAAGACCUUUUUGACCUCAUGCAACCGCGCAGCCGGCUAGAAGACCUUGUUCGACACUAUGGUCUCCGCGAGGGAGUUGUACACACAAACCCAUCCGGAGUGAAUGUUUCGUCUUCAUCGUCCAGUAUUUUCAGGUUGAAUAACAGCGGAACUGGAUCUGCGAGCACAAGCAAACGGACAUCAGACCCUGCACCACUACCAUUCAGCGCGCUAUCUAUUUCGUUCUCACCGAGGCGAGUUGGCCUCGUGCUAACGACUUCAGGUAGGAAACGGACGAUUGUGGAUGUAGCACGGACGAGAGAUGAGAAGCUAGAGGUCACUGCAAAGAAACUUGUGCGGCAACUGAAGGUUUGGCUCAGCGAUGGUUCAAGGUCUAGUGGCAUCAUUUAGUUUCAGAUUCCUUGCUUCCACUGCUUAUUGAUAGUACGGUGCUAGAUCAAACUUCGGACUCAUGAUGGUGCACAAGCGUAGUCUACCCUAGACCGUGUCCAGUUAGUCUUGCAUGUGGACGUACUAGUUACUGGUACAUACCUUCUGCAAGGGUGAACAAUGCAUGAUGUGGGUAAAAUAAUUAAUGUAGGACUGCUCCAUGAAAAAUAAAGAACGAAUUAUCAAGCAAAU